CUCGACGUUUGUGCUUAUUUCUUCCUCUACAGCCACUAUUUACGGACGAUUCAUGUCCUUCGUAUUCUGUCAAAGGCUGCUGUCGUCGUUCCGGUCCAGUCCCUCCCCGUCCGUUGCUCGCAACAGCCUGCGUUUCGCCCAUUACAAGCCUUUUCGCAAUGCGCUAUUCCCCGCAACCAUGAUGCAGAACCAGAAUUCCCAAGCAAAACCAGACGCAGAUGCGAAGAAGCACAAGAAGGUUAAGAAGGAGCGGGCAAAUAAAGGCAGUGGAUUUGAUGAGGUCCUUCAAAUCGAUAUCGACCAACUGCUCAAGAAGAGCAGGCUAGAGAAAGGCAUCUAUGACGAAGAGGCAGACGCUGCCACACCUGCGCCUACAUUACCGGAGCUUUUCACGGAAAUUAAACUGAAAGUCUCACAGCUAUCAUCUACUGGAGAUGGACUUGCAUUGUCAGAGAAUGCGGAUCAUGUUUAUGUCGUGCCAUUCUCCGUUCCGGGGGAUGAAGUGCUUGCCAAAGUCGCCAAACAUUUCCCGUCCUUGUCCUACAGCUUAACGGAUUUUCUGAAGGUCAUUGAACCAGGGCCGCUGAGAAAUGAUUCACUCGUUGGAUGUAGAUACUUUGCGAAGUGCUCCGGGUGUCAAUUGCAGAUGAUGCGUUACGAAGAUCAGCUUGCGCAUAAAAAAAGAAUCGUUGAAAAGGCAUAUGCCAACUUCUCCGGAUUGAUUCCGGAAGUGAUCCCUACUAUCGACGAAACGUUUCCAUCACCUUUGCAGUAUGGAUACCGGACGAAGCUUACUCCCCAUUUCUCGAUACCUGGGACAGGUGGCAGAGGGAAGAAGAAAGGGCCUAGGGAACCGCCUAAGGAAGUACCACCGAUUGGAUACACAGUGAAGAAUAGGCGCAUGGACAUGGAUAUUGAAGACUGUCCGUUAGGGACAGAUAUUGUUCGACGAGGUCUCAAAUCAGAGAGAAAGAGGGUCGCGGACAAUCUUAACAAGUUUCCCAAGGGAGCCACGCUUCUUCUCCGAGAAUCAACAACACGGAUCCCCAAAGAAGACAGCGGCCCUGAUCAACAGACCAAUGAGAAACAGUCCGAGGCCACUGUCCCUGCUUCAUCUCCCUCUUCCCCAGCAAAAGAUUCCGGUGAUGUGAUCCGCAUCGAACAUGACUCUUACAUCGAGGAAAAACGCUGCGUCACCGACAACAACGCCAUCUCAGUCGAAUACGUCGACGACUACGUCUUCACCAACAAAGCCGGUGCAUUUUUCCAGAACAAUAACUCCAUCCUCUCUGGCUUCACAGAAUACAUCCGUCAACAAGCCAUACCCAAGAACAACGACAAGGACCCCAAACCCAUCAAAUACCUUCUAGACGCCUACUCAGGCUCGGGUCUGUUUACAAUUACUCUAUCCCCACUUUUCAAAUCCAGCCUUGGCGUCGAUGUCUCGGGAGACUCCAUCGUCUCAGCACGCGAUAAUGCCCGUGCCAAUAACCUCCCGAACACAGGCUUCGCAGCCGCCGACGCCGCAACCCUCUUCAAAGACGUCCCGUACCCUCCUGACCAGACUCUGCUCGUGAUCGACCCGCCCCGGAAAGGCUGCAGUGAGGAUUUCUUGAAACAGCUUCUAUCCUUCGGGCCCCGUCGCAUUAUCUAUGUGAGUUGCAACGUGCACACGCAGGCUCGGGAUGUCGCUGUUAUGGUCCAGGGUGAUUCUAAGGGGAAAGUUUGUUAUGGCAUUGAGAGUAUCAGGGGCUUUGACUUUUUCCCACAGACAGGGCACGUUGAGGGGGUUGCUAUUUUGAAUAAGCUCUGACAAUUAUUUCUGAAAAAGGUAGUUCAGACAAUUUGUGGUUGGCGUUGAGGAACUCGUGUACAGUUUAUUUAGAUGAAAGGGGGCUUCAUCCUGGUAUAUAUUUUUGUACACAUGUGUAAUGCUAGUCCGUUGGCUUUUGGACGAUUGCUUAGGAAUAACAAUUGCAUUUCCUUUUAC